GGGGCCUGCCCCAGGUGGCGGCCCCAGCCCCCGCUGCUGCUCGGGGCCGCCCGCCGGAGCAUCGGGACGCGGGCGGGAGGGCUGAAGGCUGCAAAACCUGGCGGGAAUAGCAAAGAUGUGUCCGUGCAAAGGGCGCUGAACGAGGAGACGCUGGUGUCGGCGGCUCAGAAAGUGAAAGAAGCUGGAAGAGACUUCACCUAUUUUAUUGUGGUGCUUGUUGGAAUUGGUGUUACAGGUGGUUUGUUCUAUGUCAUUUUUAAAGAGCUAUUCUCUUCUUCUAGUCCAAAUAAGAUCUAUGGAGAUGCCUUGGAGAAAUGCAGAUCUCACCCUGAGAUAAUUGGUGUUUUUGGUGACUCUAUCAAAGGCUAUGGAGAGGCAACAAGAAGAGGAAGACGACAGCAUGUCAGUCACAUUGAAUACGUAAAGGACGGACUGAAACAUAUGCGUUUGAAGUUCUAUAUUGAGGGCACUGAAUCAGGGAAACAGGGAACAGUCCAUGUGGAAGUCAAAGAGAAUCUUGAAACAGGAAGAUACGAGGUUCGCUACAUAUUUGUGGAUGUUGAGACCUAUCCAAGAAGAACCAUUGUCAUAGAGGACAACAGAUAGCCGACGAUCAAAGCUGCUGCCUUAUCUCACAUUGGAUAAUGUUCUUGUAGCCAGUCUACACAUGAAUUGUGUGGUGUUGCCAAUUGUGUCUCGCAGCUUCAGGGCUGUGUUACAGGAAGGAGCCUCUCAGGGCCUCCACUAAGGACUUUUGAUAAUAACAGAUCCGGGAUUUAAAGUGAAGCCAAUGAAAAAUAGCAGAACUAUCACGGCGGAUAUUCUUGACAUAGGAAAAUAAUGCCUCCUAAUAAACAGUUUAAUGCUGGAUAAACUUCUGCACACCCAAAACCUGAGUUUUCCAAGGUUUUAGGUUUGAAUGGGGGAGUUUUUUGUCUUCCGUGGUUUGGAUUUCCCACUACCACUGCAGUAAAGAAAGGGGUAGUUUAACUGUAUUCAUUUUGGAUACCUUUGUAGGUAAGAAGGUAGAAUAAGAAUGUUAGUGAUGCAAAAGAUAUCUAGGCAUGUAAGGGUAGGAAUGGUGGAGGGACAUACCUAUGGCAAACAACUGAAGAUACAGACUUCAAUAUUGAUGUCUUCUAAAUAAAUUACCAGCAAACAGAACAUCACCACCAUCUGCUCUUUCCAGUGUUUGGCAUGCUGCUGCACAAUUGUAGCAAGGUGGGGGCUGGCCUUUUCUCCCAGGCAGCUACUGACAGGAUGAGAGGCCAUGGCUUCAAGGUGUGUCAGGGGGGAUUUGGGUUGGACAUUACCUUCAAAAUGUUUUGAAAACCACAAUAUUCCAUUUAAACUUCUCUCUUUCCCACCUUAUCUGCAUCUACAUGUUAUAAACACACAUGUGGUGUUUAUCAGGGCAUGUCUUUCAUCUUAAAGUGUUCCACAUUAUUUUCCUUAACUACCUGCAUCACCUUGCUAGCUAAGCAGAUUUACCAGGAUGCUUCUGUAUAUUUCAUGAAUGGGGGACACAGCAGUGAAGGACAUCACUUCUGUGUUGUGAAAAAUCUGAGACUACGCUUGCUAAAAUGAAGACAAAAAAGUAGCCGAAGAAAUUCACCUUUAUCUGACCUUGGAUGUAUUAUUGUUCUUAAUUUGAACAAAUGACAAAUAAAAGGCUGAAAUGCUUUCCACUCCCACUGG